AAAACUUUUAUCGAGUUGUACUUAUUAGUAACCGAAACACGUUUGGAACUUUCCACGUGCAGAAAUUCCGAGUUUGGAAAAUGGUUUAACGAAUUUAAUUCUGGAAAUAACAAAGACGAACUCAGCGAGGAAUUUUCUAUUUUACUGAACUCGUUUUUCUUGUUAACGUCACCCUCUAACGAGUGGAGAAAUAAAAACAUCUACAGAAUACUCCGCGUGCUUCCUUCUGUGUGCGAGCACGUGUUAGCCGAAUGCGCCAAUGGUCGCGUGGAAUACACUUCUCUUCUUAAUGGCUUUACAUCGCUUUUCAGAGAACUCGAGUCUUCUAUCAUUCCCACGUUGCUCUGGCUAAUCCGCGAGAAAGAAGGGACUUGCUUUAGCCAAUUUUGUGAAAAUGGCGUUGAUCUUGAGCUUCCCUUAUCACUGAAACUUGUGCAAGACUUUAUUUUUAUUCUGCAAAACAAUCACUUUUAUAAUAAGAAAAGUUUGCUGGAGGCUCUUAAAGAACAGCAACUUUUCUUUUUUAGUUCAAAACAGGAACCCGUGAUGGAAGAAAACCUUCUUAUAAGCUUUUGGAACUGUUUUGAUCAGUGUAUCAUCCUUGAGCGAGUCGUGUCAGAUUUACUAUACCAUUUUAAAAAUUGUAUAAAGUACGCCAACCAUGUGCAUCUCAGUCACGAAUUGCUUCACAAACUAACCAUGUGCACUUAUAAGAAAACUUCUUUAUUAACUGCUACUUUGCUCGCGCUGCUUGUGUCAUACGAUGCGGAGCUGGCAAGCAGACUACUGGAAGAAGUAUUUCCGCAUUACUUGUGCAGUAUCACUUCUUCGAUUGGCUGUGAAGGGCUCUCAACUUUCCUUGCAAGUCUUGUUUAUUUAUGCGUGAGGUGGAAAAAAGUGGACUGCUUACCAGUAGAAACCUUUUAUAAGCCAAAUGGUUGUCUCCACCCGCCAACUGAAAGGCUUAAAGAAACUGUUCAGCGUCUCUUUUCCUUAUUUAUUAUUAUUAUUUCAAGCGGAACUCUCACGCCCCCAGCGGAGUGCAUUUACGCUUCUAUAAACAAAAUGGCGCUCUACAGUGGUCUUCUGCAAGCCUUCCACCUACCUCUCGAAAGACUACUACCUCCAUUAAGAGAAGCUGGAAGAUGCGAUCUUUACGUUGCGUUAUGCGAUUUAAAUGAUAGAGAGCAGCUGAAGUCAUGUGCAGCGUUAUAUUUAUAA